GCCCCAUAGAAAUGAAAGGCCCGAGCAGAUGGAACACCACGACAAUAGUGGCUGGAAUGAGUGUGAUUUUGCUGAUUCUGACGGUGAUGAAUCUGGGUCUGUUUUUUAAGUUGUGGGCCAUGGAGGAUGUAGCCCACCGCAUGUACCUAAGCACAAAGCAUCGGCUGAGGGAGAGGAGCGAGGCAAGCUUGGCCUCCGAAUAUGGUCCCAAACAGGGACCAGGAUAUAGGACCAGAGAGGAUGUGCAGCUGCUAAAAACUGUACUUCAGGACUCCAUCAACCUUUUAGAACAGCUCCGGAGCUCUCUGGUGGUGCUACAGCAAAACUUUGCUCUGGCCAAUCUCACAGCUGCACCGCAGUGACGCUUCCACACCUGGUGACUACAGAGUUGCUCCUUCCUCCUCCUUCCUCCUCCUCUUCUUCCCUUUCCGGCCCUGUGGGGGAAAACUGCAACAGUGAACUCCCUCUGAGGAAAUCUCUGGUAUCCAGUGACAUUGCCAUGUGGCGUUCCCCAGACACCUGACAUCCCUUCGUGUUGCCUGGGGUUACACGUCCAAGAGCCUGUGGUUGGGCAUCAGGUGCCAGGAUGUUUUUUUUUUUUAAAAGCUGUGGACCGACUGCUUGCGAGGACAUCAGGGUCAGCCGCACACGGAGAAGUGGGUUUAGAUUUCUGUAGGGUGCUAUCGUCAGCUCCCCUCGGCUGGCUUCUUUUUCAAUCUUUUCCUUUAAUAGUGGCAAAAACAUCUUUCCUAUAUUCAGAUGAGCCUCAUGCCAUGAUGAGCUAUUGUAAAUACUUUUUACUUUUGUUUUAUUCAAGUGAAGUGAAUCAAUAUUAUUUAAAACUACUUUUUUUUCUCUUUACACUUUUGCACAUUUUUUUUUUAUUUUGCACAAAUGCCUGUAGAUUAGGCUGUGUUUUAGAUGUUUUGGAUUUUUAUUGUUUUCCAAUAAAAAUUGUAGAAUCAGUAACUCAAAUUUUGAAGGUUUGUCCUCUUUUGUAAUCAUGAUAAAUUCUUUUUGCUGUAAAUGUAAACUACAGGAAUGGUUGCAACAUUAAAUGUACAUUAAAUUGUAAAGGGAAAUUUAGAUUUUAAUAAUACUGUAAAUGAGCCAAGUCCAGUGUGCCUUUUUUCUGUUUCAAACCACAUAUUUAAUACAUAUUUGAUUCAUUAUCUUCUAGCUUCAUCCUGGACUGAUUAUAAAGCGGUGCCAUGUAAAUUAAUCAUCCCAAACAACAGUGACAUGUCUGAUUUAAUGAUAUCACCUGUAGGUGUAAUCACAGUUGUAUGUGUGCUUUCUUUUUCCUCUUUUCUUUUCUACACUGAACUAAGUGUUUUUUUUUUUUUUUUUUAAGAAAAGCAUGAUUUGGUCUAAGUACUUAUUCACUCUGAUGUUAUUUCAAUAAAGGUGUAGGGUCAGUGAGUCUAUCUCAGGUUAUUUUAGUACUGUGCACUCACACUGUCAACACUAUGCAAGUUUGUUCUGUGACAAUUAGUUAUAUAUAUAUAUAUAUAAAUUGUUGGUGACAUGACAGUACAAUUGAGCCCUGUUGUAUGUUUACAGUGUUUCUCUCAGCUUUCAGUUUGUGUGCAUAUUUUUGUUCAGCUGUUAUUACUUAAAACCACUUCUGUGUGUUGUGGUCAACUUGUUUAUAAUUGCUUGCUGUUUUGUACAUUUUUAGCCACACAUUGCAAUGUGUUUUACUAUCAAUUAUUCUCUUGAUUAAUCAUUGCCUGAAACAUGUCAUUUUAUAAAUGUCAAU